CCUGGAGGGGGCGGAGCGGGGCCCGCGAGCCGAGCAGCCAGGCAACGGCGGUGGCCCCCGGAACCCCAGAGUUUCCAGUAUGGCUUCUGCACCAACUUCUAAAUAUAAUUCACACUCCUUGGAGAAUGAGUCAAUUAAGAGGACUUCUAGGGAUGGAGUUAAUCGGGAGCUCAGUGAGGCUAUUCCUCGACUUCCAGGGGAAACUUGGAUUACUGACAAAGAAGUUAUUUACAUAUGUCCUUUCAAUGGCCCCAUUAAGGGAAGAGUUUACAUCACAAAUUAUCGUCUUUAUUUACGAAGUUUGGAAAUGGAUUCUGCUCUAAUACUUGAUGUUCCUCUGGGUGUGAUCUCAAGAAUUGAAAAAAUGGGAGGCGCGACAAGUAGAGGAGAAAAUUCCUAUGGUCUAGAUAUUACUUGUAAAGACAUGAGAAACCUGAGGUUCGCACUGAAACAGGAAGGCCACAGCAGAAGAGACAUGUUUGAGAUCCUCACAAGAUACGCCUUUCCCCUGGCCCACAGUCUGUGCGUGAGGAUGGUGAAGGAAGAGGAAUCUGGGGCAGAGGCAAGAACCUGAGCCUUGACACAGCAGAGGGAAAGCCGGAAGCACUGCCAGGUGCUGAGGGGAGCCAGUGAGGUGUGGCAGG